GUCACUGACUACAGAGCUGGGCCACACUACACACAAUGUAUGGAAAUGAUAUUUCGACCGAGCAGGCACACGAGCAGCCCCCCUUGCACAUUCAAGGACACCCAUUGAGCCAGUGGCACAGGUCGGAGGCAGUGGUUGGAUCUGCACCCAUUCCGGCAGCAGCUUCUGGCCUUCUGCCUAACAGUUCGGAAGUUGGGAUGCUGAGGAAUUCCUCAUUGCAAUAUGCGGAUAACACAUCGAAUGCUGAGGAAUCAGAUUGGGUCCAGAGCAACCAGACGGUAAUGGAAUUCACGGAAAACUGGGCAGACUGCUAUGGGACAACCGAGGGUAGAACUGAUUCCAGAAGAUUUUACGAUUUUAAUGUCCUGGCUCAAGAGUGCGCAAAUCUAAUCAAUCCUGGGUUGGUAGCGAGCGAAAAUCAUAUUCGUACACCCAUGAAAAUUCGCUUUAAAGAUAAUGUGCAGCCCAGGGCCAGGGCGGAAACAGUUGGUGAUCCUGAUCCUGAUCUCUCGGUGCAGCUGGACAAACUGAAGAUUUUCUCAACAGAAUUUCCUCAAGUGAAUCCUCACAGCCAGCGGGACAGUGCGGGGGAGGUUUCGAUAUUAAAGAAUUCGUUAUUGCAAAGUGUGGAAAACACAUCGAAGGCUCCGGGAUGUGGGUGGGUCCAGGCAAGUAACCAGACGGCAAUGAGAUUCCCGGAAAACUGGGUGAAAAGCGAUGUGAUGGGCAAUGGAAAAAGCGUUUCCAGUAAUCCCUACAAUUUCAAUACACUGACUCAAGAGUGCGAAAAUCUAAAUAACGGAAAUCGCUCUUCCGAUAAUGUAAACGUCAAUGAACUUUCCUGCUAUUUCGACGACAUUCUACAUAUUCCCAAGAAAAUAACGGAAUGGGCUGAUAGAAUGUACACGUGAAGGUGCAUAUGCUACGCCGAUGUAGGUAGGGUGUCUUCUGUGUUAGCAAAGGCGGCAUGGCAUGAAUAAUUCUUAGUGUUACUCAAUGAUAAAAUACACUAGAUAAUUAUAUUUCAGUACCAAUAUAACCAAAUUAUAAUAUUUAUGUAAAUGCAUAAACAUCAGCGCAUGUCAU